AUGGAAAGUAAGAGUGCGUUUGUUGUCGGUACAGAUGCCGAGCGACCGCCUACCGCCAACCUGGCCGGUGCUGACGAAGUUACUGGUGGUUUCGAGGAUGCUCUCUCCCAAACGGUAGUAAAUGAGACAAGAAGCAAAGAUUACAAUUGGGGUCAUAAUGUUGAAGAAGUCGGUGAUAAAUUCCCGCACGCUGAAAUUAUCCGUCAAGAUGUCGAAAGGGGAGUUGUGACAAUUGAUAAUGACUACGAGGAUGCAAGCUGUCAAGACUCUGCGUUGUUACUUCUCAAUAACAUGCCUAAGUUUGAGCCAUUAAUCAAGCCAAACCCGGAAACGAAUGUCUUUACUCUUAGCGGUUUUUUGGGAAAUAACGCAACAAUUGUUGACGCUGAAAGCACCUCUAGUCUUUUCAGUCAUGAGGCACUGUAUAAUAUGUCUCUGAUUUACCAAUCUCAUAUAAGAAAAUGCGCUGAAGAAAUAUGCAACGAUCAAAGAAUCGUUAUGGAGUCCAUUAAAUCUGUGGACACAUACUGCGCAGAGAUUAUCCAGUCGAUGAUCAAUCGCCAACUCCAAACCAAGACAGUAUCUGAGCAACUCACAGUUGUGAACGGAAUGAUGAAACAAGUCGAAAAAACCCACAAGCUGUUAUAUGAGACGUUUCAAACGCUUCAAAAACUCGAUACCAUACUUCCAACAGAUCUAAGCUUAGAUAAUCAACCCCAGACACAAUGGUCAUUAGUGCGAAAGCUAUUUCAAAAUGCAAAAAAAAAGCCACUAGCCAAGGGGUCGUUUCAAUUUGAGUCAAGGCGACUGAACCUGCAACAGAAACGCACUAUUCCCAGCGCAGUAGCCAUCAAUUUUGAUUCUGUAUUAUCAUCAAAACAUCAAGAGUAUUCUGAUACCUCAACAUUUACUAGUCCAGUAGGAAGUCCUGACCGCAUCUCUGUUCUAAGUAUGCCCGGUUUGUUAUCGAGUUCCACAGACAGUACUGCUUCUAACAAACUAAAAGAAAUUUUCAUCAGUACGAACCCAAAGUCGCGGACAGAAGGGCAAACAUCAUGGCUUUCAACAUCAUUUGGGUUUAGUCCAUUUAAAGAGAGUUUAAAACGUAUCAGUACUAGUGUUGGGACAGAUAGUCUGCUGGGUUCAUCGAGUUCUCGUACACUGCAGAACUAUGGCUCCACAAGUUCCACGAUACCUCUUACUUCCCUUCCUGCUCAGAGUUUGAAGUCACCUGUUAGUAUUGGUGGUGCCAAGUCUCCAUCAUCGUCGAUGUCUCUGCUUACUGCAAUGCUCAAGAGAUCUGCUACUGUUAAUGCUAAUAAGAAAUCAACAGAGAGAAAACAGAGCAUUUCGGUACCAAAGGACAAUAAAAACGAACUUGGUAAUACUCCUUCCGAAUUAGACGGUUUAACUAUUGCUCAUGAUUUUACUUCAGAGACAAACAAUUUAGUUAAUGGUAAACGAUAA